GCAUUAUCAGAUUUGUUAAAAUUAUUUAUUUUCUUUUACGCUGCAAUAAUGAGAAGGGAAUGGUGCUAUACAUGUCGUGAAAUCGCAGGACCAGGUCAAUCGAGGUUUCGUUGCAUUGGUUGUUUUAAAGUAGUCAAACAUGAAUGGUGUACAUCAAUAAUUCCUUGGAGAUGUGAUGAUUGCAUUCAUAGGACAGAGCUGGCUGAAGAGAGUCUGCAGGAAGAAACUAAAGAUGAGGUAGUGGAAGAAUCUACAAAGGAGGUGGAAGAAUCAGCCGAAGAGGAGGUCAAUGAGGAAUCUGUAAAGGAGGUGGAAGAAUCUGCCGAAGAGGAGGUGGAGGAGGAGUUGAAGAAAACCAAUGAUUGAUAUCAUGGAAGAAUUUGACAUGAAUAAUAGAGAAUUUAGAUGUAUUAAGACAAUUUAUUUUAUACAAAAUAUUUAUAUUAGAAUA